ACAGUGUUUUGAAGAUGAUAGUGUAGGCCUGCCUCACCUCUACAGAGUUACCACCAAAGCAGAUCAGCAUAGCACUCCCUCGGAUGAGCUGCUACAGCCGUGAAUUUUGUGUUUUUCUACAUAAUCCAAGACAAAAAAACAGGUCUGUGAUCUUUUGGGAAACAUCAGUUUGUAAUUUAGAAACAUGGCGGAAUCAAGAGACAGGGAACAAAGUCAACUGAACACCGGGAUGCCUGAAACUGACAAUGCCCUGACAAUGGAAAACACAGACAAACAAACAAAAGUUGACAUAGAAACCAAAAGUGAAACCGUAAAAAGACAAAUGCACUUAACAAGUCAAGUAAUUCAGGACAUUGAACAAAUUUGGAAAGACACACAAAGAGACAAAAAUGUAAUUGACUUUCUGAGGACAAAGUCAGAUCAGCAACAGGAGGACAUUGAAAGACUAAAAUCUGAAAAACACCAGCAGAACGUACAAAUAAAAAGUCUGAAAUCACGGAUAGAAAAAGUUAUUGAAAAACUUGAAGAACACAAAAAUGCAGCAACUGAGGAAAAAACACAGCUUCUGAAAUUGAGGGCCGAAAUGUACAAAGAGAGGGAAACUCUGGACAAAAGGCAUCAUGAUAUUAUCAAUGAGCGACGCAAACUGGAAAUGAUUAAAUAUACUGAGACAAAAGGUCCCAAAGGACCCACAAAACAGAUCGAGCAUCAUGUUAUAGAGAGGCUAAUGGCUAACAAUGAGAGUGCAAUUGAAAAAAACAAGAAAGUCAUACUUGAAGUACAGAAUGCAAACAAACUAACGGAGAACACCAUAGCAAACCUAAAGCAAGAGUUAGAGUUAAAUAAAAGGUGCAUUUCUCAACACAGAGAUCAAGUUGAGCACAUCAUACACAACAUGAAAGAAAACAUCAACAAGAGGAAGCACAGGUGGGAAAACAUUCAAAGAGAUGCUCAAAUUCAGAAAGCAGUGGUGAUGGAAAGGAGAGAGAGACAGACAGGAGAAACAGACUCAUUUCAGGCUGUGAAGAUAAAACUCAACCGACUCCAGAAUGACAUGGAGAAACUUUGGGGUGUGCUGAAAGAAAGUGAACAGCAGCUGGAAGAGACUCGGAGAGAAAAUCAAGAGUCAAUAGCAGAAAAGGUCCAAUCUGAAAGAGCUGAGUUAGAAAGAAUCAAAACAAAAAUACAGACGGAGAAAGAAAACAUACGAAGAGACAGGCAGUUGACUGAAACCGAAAUGGAUGCAAUUAGAGAGGCGCAGCAUAUGGCAAGAGGAGAUCAAUAUCGGAGCAGGAGAGACUUAAUGAAAGUAAGGAGUCAAAUAAAGUGGAUGGAUUUUCAAGCAAAGAAAAAGAGACGGACACUUGAUCAGCAGCUGGAGAAGACCUUGAGAGAGAAUGACGAGUUGGAAAUCAUGAAGAUAAAAAUACAGCGACAGAGAGAGGAAGUUGGACAGAAAGUCAGCAAUACAAUUCUGACUAUGGCUGAGGUGAAAACUAAUAUUGGACAAGCUGCUGCGGAGAUGAACACCACCAGACUGGAAAUUCUUAAAAUCCACAGAGAGAUGGAAAAGAGCAAGGAAGCAGUCAAAAAAUACAUGGAUAAGACGACUUCAAUGAAUGCUCAGAUCAAGACAUGGAUAAUGAGUCAAUCUGCAGUCAAAAAGACCUUCUCGAUGCAGACGGACAUUUGUGAAGAAACAUUAAGAGAUGACGAUCGGGAAAAAAUACUGAUUAAUGUUAGAGAAAAGGAGGAUGUGGAAAAAGAGUUAUCCAGACUUAAGGACCAAGAAGAAGGAAUAAAGGAGGAAAUUAAGUAUGCUAUGGAGAACAUGGAAGAAAAAGGUCAAGUGAUUGAAAGGCUUAUCAUGGAAAUAAAUUCCCUGUUGAGUCAUUCAGAGAUUGAAAUUGUAGUGAGGCCAGCUGGAAAUGUGAAGGGAGAAGGUACUGAAAAAACAGAACCCAGAAAUAUUUUGAACCAAGUUUUCAAACAUGAAUUUGGUGUGAUGAAAUUGGAUGUUGGGAAAGAAAAGCAAACUCAGCAAUCAAGAGAUGAUACACAGACACACAGCGAAGAGAUGGAGGGAAGCUCUGAUGAAGAGGAUAAAGGAAGUCCAGUCACACAAAGGUUUAGAGCAGAGAUUUCUAGUGCACAACAAAUUACAAGAUCGCUGAAGUUAAAACUUGAGAAGCAAGCUGAAAAAAGUAAAACUAACAAGAAUUCUGAAACCAAAGAUGGUGAAAUUGGAGAAUUACUACAAAAUGUGAAAGAGUUCCAAGAAAUUUUGAAAACGGUAAAAACUGCAGUAAAGGAGCAUGAAAUAGGUCUGAAAGAAGACAUGAGCACCAUAACCUCACUGAAAACUGCAGAGAGAAAAAGGAGAAGAGACUUGGAUCACAGGUUAGAAAAAACUCUGAGAGAGAGGGACAGUUUGGAAAUCCUAAAAAUAAAACUGCUCAGACAAACUGAAGCGGUUCAGCAGAAGUUGGAGAAAAUGGCAAACGUUAAAAGCUCUCUAGAGAAAAUAGCUGCUAAGACAAGAAAGAAAAGGGAAGACAUGGAGAUUGAUAUGAAGGAGACUGAACUAAAACUGAGAAAGCUGGGAGACCUGAAGUGUACCAUUGAAGCUACAAAACAAGAGAUAUUAAACAGGUACACUUUAACAUUUCGCAGAAUAGUGGAGAUUAAAAAACUCAAGACAGGAAUCAAACAGCAAAAGGACAGAGAAACUGAUAAUAUUGAGAGGGAAAAGAGCGAUGUAAAGAAACAUGACCGAGAUGAAAUAGAUACAAAAGGAGACAAAAUAACAAAGACUAGAAUGGGCAAAGACACUGGGGAAAUGGAAAAUGAAAUCUUAAGCCUCAGCCCAGAAAAGGAGGGACUGGAGGAGGAUAUAAGACCCAAAAUGGACAAAAGGGAAAUAAUUGUCAAAGAGCUUGAUGACACUGUGCAAACAACCAGUAGUCAGACAAAAGAAGGGCUGAAGUUAGAUCUCGAAAUUGAAAGGAAAACCAGCGAACAUCCAUUGAGAGAAACUAUAAGAAACAUCGAGGACAGUGAAAGAACAUUGAAUGAAAUGCACCAAGAAAAGGAUUCAAUGAAGACAAAGACCAAAAAGAGAAGAAGAAGAGAGUUAGACCAAAGACUAGGGAAAACCACGAGAAAGAAGAAUGAGUUAGAAGAGUUGAGGGAAGAUCCGAAAAGGAAGAAGGAUGACUUUGUUGAAACUACUCCCAUCCGAGUACACAGAGAAGAUGAAAAACAAUGUGCAAAACAAAAAGAUGUGAAAAGCUUCAGGAAGAAGAUUGAAAAAUUACACCAAAGCUCAGACGUCACUCUUUCCAUUGUCACCGUUCAAAACAAAAUACAAAAUAUCCAUCUAAAUUUGAAAAUUAUUAGGAGGGAAAUGGGAAUUCUGGAAAAUGUAAAUGGUUAUUUAGGAGAACAAAGAGAAGGACUCAUAGCGAGAAAAGCUGAGAACAUGAAUGUAAGGGACAAGAUGAACAGAAUAAAAUCACAGCUGAAGAUGGUAUUUGAAAAGAUUACCAUACAAGCAAAAGCAGAUGACAUGGGCCACCAGAGUGGUGACAUCCAAAAAUUUAAUGAGGAAGUUAUCAGACUAGAGGAAGUUAAAAGAGAAAGAAGAGAGAUGGAAGUGUUGCAGCAUGAGUUGGAGAUUAAAAAAAGAGAGAACCAGCAAAUUCUACGAAAAGGCAUUCUGAAAGAGCAGGAGGUUAAAAAUGUGUGGGCUAUGGUCAAGGGGAAAAAAGAUGACCUCAAGAGGAAAACGUGGAAGACAAAGGAGGAGCAUGACCAGCGACUGGAAAGAAUAAUCAAAGAGAGGGACGAACUGGAGAUUAUGAAGCUGAAGUUCCAAAGAGAAAUGGAUAAAAUGAGAGGUGAAUUGUUGGAGUCAAGGAAAUUAAGCUCCACAGAUAUUACAAUUCCUGUUCAAAAGCACUGGCAGCUCCUUCAGAUGUUUGUGGAGAAAUAUAAGCACAUGAAGAAACUCAGUGAGGUUAUGAUUGGAGUCAUUAACGACAAAAACCAACACAUUCAGGUCCAGAAAAAAAUCAUUACUCAAACAGGGGAAGAAGUGAUGAAUAUCAAGACGGAAAUUAAGAGAAAAAAAGAAAUGAUAAUCUUUGCGUUUAAGAAUAUCCAGCAAGAGCAUAAACAAUUGGUACAAACUCGGCUGAAUAUCAAAAAAGAUCUAAAGAAAAUCAACAUUAAAGGUCUGACUGAAGUUCAAACACAGACAGAAACACUAGAAGAACAAGAACCCAAGGAUAUUCAGUUCAAAACGGAAAAGCAACAACUGGAAAUCGUGAAGGUCAGUGUACUUACAGAAAGAGAAGCACUGAAAGCUCUAGAGAAGGAGCUCGGCAAAAAGAAAGAAGAGGUUGAAGCUGCAAUGAAAAGCAUCAAUGCAGAAAAAGAACAGCUCACUCAGAUGAAGAUUGACUUUGAGGAAGAAAAGGAGAAAUGUUGGUUUGAAAAUAAAAGAAUGGAAGAAGAAAGGUCUGAGCUGAGAAGGAGAGAAAAUCAACUCAUGGAUAAAAUGCAAUCAGUGGAAGAUCUGAGAGCAAAGCUGAGACACCUUUAUGAAAGAAUGAGUAAAGAUAUAAAACACAAAGUGGACAGGCUGCAACAAAACAACGAAGAUGUUCUUAAACUGCACGCUGUAGUGGAAAACAUGGUGGAAGACACUGUGGAACAGAAGGAAAACAUGGCUUGUAACUUUGACAUGUUACAGAGAGAAAAGGAAGGCCUGAUAAGUAUACUGUCAGAUAUGAUCGCCCAAAAAGCAGACAAGAAAAAUGAAUGGAAGCAAAAAGUUGAAUUAGAAAAACGCCAUAUUGAUAAAUUGAAAGUAGAGUUGAAACAAUACAGAGAGCAACUUGACAAAGACACCGAAACGAUGAACAAAGAAAAACUUGACUUGGAGUUGAUGAGGUCCGAUACCCUGAAACAAAUCAAGUUAUUGGAACAAGAGAAGCAAGAAGUCAAUGAUAUAAAAGACAAGUUGGAAAUUACAAGUGCAAUGCUACAAAACCAGAAGGAAAGUGCAGAAAGCUUGUUUGAUGAAAUCAAUACAGAGAAAACCAACAUUAAAGAUCUGAAACUUCAGCUUCAAGCAGAUAGAGUCAGACUAGAUGAAGUCAUGAACAUGUUGACCUUAAAACAAAGAGAACAAGAACUUAAGGAUGUUGAGUUCAAAGAAGAAAAACAACAGGAAACCAUGAAGGUCAGUGUGCUUACAGAAAGAGAAGAACCAAAAUCUCUGGAGAAAGAUCUCCAGAAGCAGAAAGCAGAUGCUGAAGCUGCAAUGGAAAGCAUAAAUGCAGAAAAAGAAAAGCUCACUCAAAUGAAGACUGACUUUGAGAAGGAAAGACAACUACUUUUGAUCAACAAGGAAAAGAUGGCAAAUAAAAUAUCUGAGCUCAAAUUGAUAGAAGAUCAACUCAGGGAUAAAAUUAAAUCAGUGGAAGACAUGAAAGGAAAGCUGAGACACCUUUAUGAAAGAAUGAGUAAAGAUAUAAAACACAAAGUGGACAGGCUGCAACAAAACAAUGAAGAUGUUCUUAAACUGCACGCUGUGCUGGAAACAAUGGUUGAAGACACUGAUGAAAAGAAGGAAACCAUUGCUUGUAACUUUGAGAGAUUACAAAGAGAAAAGGAAGGCCUGAUAAGAACACUAUCAGAUAUGAUCACCCAAAAAGCAGACAAGAAAAAUGAAUGGAAGGAAAAGCUUCAAAAAGAAAAAUGUGAUGUUGUUAAAAUGAAAGCUGAGUCGAAACAACACAGACAGGAACUUGAUAGAGAGUCUGAAAUGAUGAAGAAAGAAAAACUGGACUUGGAGCUGAUGAGUUCUGACACCCAGAAAAAAGUACAUUUAAUGGAACAAGAGAAGCAGGAAAUUAGUGACAUGAAAGAAAAGUUGGAAGUCAGAAGUGCAAUGCUAGAAGGUAAAAAGGAACAUGUAGAAAGCUUGUUUGAUGAAAUCAAUACAGAGAAAAUCAACAUUAAAGAUCUGAAACUUAAGCUUCAAGCAGAUAGAGUCAGACUGAAUGAAGUCAUCAACAUGCUGACCUUAAAACAAAAAGAACAAGAACUCAAGGAUGUUGAGUUCAAAGGAGAAAAACAACAACUGGAAACCAUGAAGGUCAGUGUACUUACAGAAAGAGAAGAACCAAAAGCUCUGGAGAAAGAUCUUCAGAAGAACAAAGAAGAGGUUGAAGCAGCAAUGAAAAGCAUCAGUGCAGAAAAAGAACAGCUCAGUCAGAUGAAGAUUGAUGUUGAGAAAGAAAAGGAAAAUUGUCGGUUUGAAAACGAAAGACUGGAAGAAGAAAGGUCUGAGCUUAGAAGGAGAGAAGAUCAACUAAAGGAAAAAAUGGAAACAGUGGAAGAUCUGAGAGAAAAUGUGAGACACCUUUAUGAAAGAAUGACUAAAGAUAUAAAAGGCAAAGUGGACAGGCUGCAACAAAACAAUGAAGAUGUUCUUAAACUGCACGCUGUGCUGGAAAAAAUGGUUGAAGACACUGAUAAACAGAAGGAAAACAUGACCUGUAAUGUUGACCAGUUACAGAGAGAAAAGGAAGGCAUGCUGAGUAUACUGUCAAAUAUGAAAACCCAAAAAGCUGACAAGAAAAAUGAACAGAAGCAAAAAGGUGAGUUAGAAAAACAAGAUAUUGAUAAACUGAAAGAUGGAUUGAAACAAUACCGAGAGCAACUUGAUAAAGAGACCGAAAUGAUGAACAAAGAAAAGCUAGACUUAGAGCUCAUGAGGUCCGACACCAAGAGACAAAUCAAUUUAUUGGAAGAAGAGAAGAAAAAAAUUAUCGACAUGAAAGACAAGAUGGAAAUCACAAGUUCAAUGAUACAAAACAAGAAGGAAACUGCAGAAAGCUUGUUUGAUGAGAUCAAUACAGAGAAAACCAACAUUAAAGAUCUGAAAUUUCAGCUUCAAGCAGAAAGAGUCAGACUAGAUGAAGUCAUGAACAUGUUGACCUUAAAACAAAAAGAACAAGAACUCAAGGAUGCUGACUUCAAAGAAGAAAAACAACAACGGGAAACCAUGAAGGUCAGUGUAUUUACAGAAAGAGAAGAACCAAAAGCUCUGGAGAAAGAUCUUCAGAAGAACAAGGAAGAGGCUGAAGUUGAAAUGAAAAGCAUAAAUGCAGAAAAAGAAGAGCUCAAUCAAAUGAAGAUUCAUGUUGAGAAAGAAAAGGAAAAGUGUUGGUUUGAAAAUGAAAAACUCGAAGAAGAAAGGUGUGAGCUUAGAAGGAGAGAAGAUCAACUCAAGGAUAAAAUGAAAACAGUGGAAGAUCUGAGAGAAAAUGUGAGACACCUUUAUGAAAGAAUGAGUAAAGAUAUAAAACACAAAGUGGACAGGCUGCAACAAAACAAUGAAGAUGUUCUUAAACUGCACGUUGUGCUGGAAAAAAUGGUUGAAGACACUGGUGAACAGAAGGAAAACAUGGCCUGUAAAGUUGACCGGUUACAGAAAGAAAAGGAAGGCAUGCUGAGUAUACUGUCAAAUAUAAGAACCCAAAAAGCUGACAAGAAAAAUGAACAGAAGCAAAAAGGUGAGUUAGAAAAACAAGAUAUUGAUAAACUGAAAGAUGGAUUGAAACAAUACAGAGAGCAACUUGACAAAGAGACCGAAAUGAUGAACAAAGAAAAGCUAGACUUAGAGCUCAUGAGGUCCGACACCAAGAGACAAAUCAAUUUAUUGGAAGAAGAGAAGAAAAAAAUUAUCGACAUGAAAGACAAGAUGGAAAUCACAAGUUCAAUGCUACAAAACAAGAAGGAAACUGCAGAAAGCUUGUUUGAUGAGAUCAAUACAGAGAAAACCAACAUUAAAGAUCUGAAACUUCAGCUUCAAGCAGAAAGAGUCAGACUAGAUGAAGUCAUGAACAUGUUGACCUUAAAACAAAAAGAACAAGAACUCAAGGAUGCUACGUUCAAAGAAGAAAACGAACAACUAGAAACCAUGAAGGUCAGUGUAUUUACAGAAAGAGAAGAACCAACACCUGUAGAGAAGGAACUCAAGAAGCAGAAAGUAGACGCUGAAACUACAAUGGAAAACAUCAACACAGAAAAAGAACAGCUCAUUCAGAUGAAGAUUGACUUUGAGAAAGAAAGACAACUACUUUUGAGCGACAAGGAAGGGAUGGAAAAUAAAAUAGCUGAGCUCAAAUUGAUAGAAGAUCAACUCAAGGAUAAAAUGAAAUCAGUGGAAGAUCUGAGAGCAAAGCUGAGACACCUGUAUGAAAGAAUGAGUAAAGAUAUAAAACACAAAGUGGACAGGCUGCAAAAAAACAAAGAAGAUGUUCUUAAACUGCAUGCAGUACUGGAUAAAAUGGUUGAAGACACUGAUAAAUGGAAGGGAAACAUGACUUGUAACUUUGAGAGGUUACAGAGAGAAAAGGAAGACCUGAUAAGUAUACUGUCAGAUAUGAUCACCCAAAAAGCAGACAAGAAAACUGAAUGGAAGCAAGAGGUUGAGUUAGAAAAACAAGAUAUUGAUAAAUUGAAAGCUGAGUUGAAACAAUACAGAGAGCAACUUGACAAAGAAGCUGAUAUGAUGAAGAAAGAAAAGCUGUACUUAGAGCUGAUGAGGUCCGACACCCAGAAACAAAUCAGUUCAUUGGAACAAGAGAAGCAAGAAAUCAUCGACAUAAAAGACAAGUUGGAAAUCUCAAGUACAAUGCUACAAAACAAGAAGGAACAUGUAGAAUGCUUGUUUGAUGCAAUCAAUGCAGAUAAAAUCAACAUUAAAGAUCUGAAACUUCAGCUUCAAGCAGAUAGAGUCAGACUAGAUGAGGUCAUGAACAUGUUGACCUUAAAACAAAAAGAACAAGAACUGAAGGAUGCUGACUUCAAAGAACAAAAUGAAGAACUGGAAACCAUGAAGGCCAGUGUACUUACAGAAAGAGAAGAACUGAAAGCUCUGCAGAAGGACCUCUGCAAAAAGAAAGAAGAUGUUGAAGCUGAAAUGAAAAGCAUCAAUGCAGAAAAAGAACAGCUCAGGCAGAUGAAGAAUGACAUUGAUAAAGAAAAAGAAACAUGUUUGUUUGAAACUGAAAGAAUGGAAGAAGAAAGGUCUGAGCUGAGAAGGAGAGAAGAUCAACUCAUGGAUAAAUUGAAAUCAGUGGAGGAUAUGAGAGGAAAUUUGAGACACCUUUAUGACAGAAUAAGAGAAGAGCUGAAAGCUCUGGAGAAAGAUCUUCAGAAGAAACAAAGAAGGGUUGAAGCUGCAAUGAAAAGCAUAAAUGCAGAAAAAGAACAGCUCAGGCAGAUGAAGAUUGAUGUUGAGAAAGAAAAAGAAACAUGUCGGUUUGAAACUGAAAAAAUGGAAGAAGAAAGGUCUGAGCUUAGAAGGAGAGAAGAUAAACUAAUGGAUGAAAUGAAAUCAGUGGAAGAUAUGAGAGGAAAUUUGAGACACCUUUAUGAGAGAAUGAGCAAAGAUAUAAAAGGCAAAGUGGACAGGCUGCAACAAAAUAACGAAGAUGUUCUUAAACUGCACGCAGUUCUGGAAAAAAUGGUUGAAGAUAAUGAUGAACAGAAGGAAAACAUGGCUUGUAACUUUGAGAGAUUAGAAAGAAAAAAGGAAAGCCUGCGAAGUGUACUGUCAGAUCUGAUCGCCCAGAAAGCAGAAAUGGAAAAUGAAUGGCAGCAAAAGGUUGAGUUAGAAAAACAAGAUAUUGAUAAACUGAAAGUUGAGCUGAAACAACACCAAGAUGAACUUGGCAGACAGACUGAAAUGAUGAAGAAAGAAAAACUGGACUUGGAGCUGAUGAGGUCCGACACCCAGAAAGAAAUCAAGUUAUUGGAACAAGAGAAGCAAGAAAUCAAUGAUAUGAAAGACAAGUUGGAAACCACAAGUACAAUGCUACAAUACAAGAAGGAACAUGUAGAAAGCUUGUUUGAUGAAAUCAAUACAGAGAAAACCAACAUUAGAGAUCUGGAACUUCAGCUUCAAGCAGAUAGAGACAGACUAGAUGAGGUCAUCAAUAUGUUGACCUUAAAACAAAAAGAACAAGAGCUCAAGGAUGUUGAGUUCAAAGAAGAAAAACAACAACUAGAAACCAUGAAGGUCAGUGUACUUAAAGAGAGAGAAGCACUGAAAUCUCUGGAGAAGGACCUUGGGAAAAAGAAAGAAGAUUUUGAAGCUGCAAUGCAAAGCAUUAAUGCAGAAAAACAACAGCUCACUGAGAUGAAGACUGAUAUUGAUAAAGAAAAAGAAACAUGUCGGUUCGAAAUUGAACGAAUGGAAGAAGAAAGGUCCGAGCUGAGAAGGCGAGAAGAUCAACUCAUGGAUAAAAUGAAAUCCGUGGAAGAUCUGAGAGGAAAUCUGAGAUACCUUCAUGAAAGAAUGAGUCAAGACAUAAAACAAAAAGAGGACAGGCUGCAACAAAACAAUGAAGAUGUUCUUAAACUGCACGCUGUGCUAGAAAAAAUGGUUGAAGACACUGAUAAACAGAAGGAAAACAUGGCCUGUAUGUUUGAGAGAUUACAAAGAGAAAAGGAAGGGCUGAUAAGUACACUGUCAGAUAUGAUCACCCAGAAAGCAGACAUGAAAAAUGAAUGGAAGCAAAAGGCUGAGUUAGAAAAACAAGAUAUUGAUAAACUGAAAGCUGAGUUGAAACAACAUCGAGAGGAACUUCACAGAGAGACUGAAAUGAUGAAGAAAGAAAAACUGGACUUGGAGAUGAUGAGGUCUGACAUCCAGAAACAAAUCAAUUUAUUGGAAAAAGAGAAUCAAGAAAUUAAUGAUAUAAAACAGAAUAUGGAAAUCACAAGUAAAGUGCUACAAAACAAGAAGGAACAUGUAGAAAGCCUGUUUGAUGAAAUCAAUACAGAGAAAACCAACAUUAAAGAUCUGAAAUUUCAGCUUCAAGCAGGAAGAGUCAGACUAGAUGAAGUCAUGAACAUGCUGACCUUAAAACAAAAAGAACAAGACCUCAGGGAUGCUGAGUUCACAGAAGAAAAACAACAACUGGAAACCAUGAAGGUCAGUGUCCUUACAGGAAGAGAAGAACUGAAAGCUCUGAAGAAAGAUCUUCAGGAUGAGAAAGAAGAUGUUGAAGCUGCAAUGAAAAAUAUCACCGUAGAAAAAGAACAACUCAGUCAAAUGAAGUUUGACUUUGAGAAAGAAAAAGAAACAUGUUUGUUUGAAAUUGAAAGAAUGGAAGAAGAAAGGUCUGAGCUGAGAAAGAGAGAAGAUGAACUUAUGAACGAAAUGAAGUCAGUGGAAGAUCUGAAAGGAAAUUUGAGACACCUUUAUGAAAGAAUGAGUAAAGACAUGAAACAGAAAGAGGACAGGCUGCAACAAAACAAUGAAGAUGUUCUUAAACUGCACGCUGUGUUGGAAAAAAUGGUUGAAGACACUGGUGAACAGAAGGAAAAUAUGGCUUGUCUCUUUGAGAGAUUACAAAGAGAAAAGGAAAGCCUGCGAAGUGUACUGUCAGAUAUGAUCACCCAGAAAGCAGAAAUGGAAAAUGAAUGGCAGCAAAAAGUUGAGUUAGAAAAACAAGAUAUGGAUAAACUGAAAGUUGAGCUGAAACAACACCAAGAUGAACUUGGCAGACAGACUGAAAUGAUGAAGAAAGAAAAACUGGACUUGGAGCUGAUGAGGUCCGACACCCAGAUAGAAAUCAAGUUAUUGGAACAAGAGAAGCAAGAAAUCAAUGAUAUGAAAGAAAAGUUGGAAACCACAAGUAAAAUGCUACAAUACAAGAAGGAACAUGUAGAAAGCUUGUUUGAUGAAAUCAGUACAGAGAAAACCAACAUUAAAGAUCUGAAAUUUCAGCUUCAAGCAGAAAGAGUCAGACUAGAUGAAGUCAUGAACAUGCUGACCUUAAAACAAAAAGAACAAGACCUCAGGGAUGCUGAGUUCACAGAAGAAAAACAACAACUGGAAACCAUGAAGGUCAGUGUCCUUACAGGAAGAGAAGAACUGAAAGCCCUGGAGAAGGACCUCGGCAAAAAGAAAGAAGAUGUUGAAGCUGCAAUGAAAAACAUCAGUGCAGAAAAAGAACAGCUCACUCAGAUGAAGAUUGACAUUGAGAAAGAAAAAGAAACAUGUUUGUUUGAAAUUGAAAGAAUGGAAGAAGAAAGGUCUGAGCUGAGAAAGAGAGAAGAUGAACUUAUGAACGAAAUGAAGUCAGUGGAAGAUCUGAAAGGAAAUUUGAGACACCUUUAUGAAAGAAUGAGUAAAGACAUGAAACAGAAAGAGGACAGGCUGCAACAAAACAAUGAAGAUGUUCUUAAACUGCACGCUGUGUUGGAAAAAAUGGUUGAAGACACUGGUGAACAGAAGGAAAAUAUGGCUUGUCUCUUUGAGAGAUUACAAAGAGAAAAGGAAAGCCUGCGAAGUGUACUGUCAGAUAUGAUCACCCAGAAAGCAGAAAUGGAAAAUGAAUGGCAGCAAAAAGUUGAGUUAGAAAAACAAGAUAUGGAUAAACUGAAAGUUGAGCUGAAACAACACCAAGAUGAACUUGGCAGACAGACUGAAAUGAUGAAGAAAGAAAAACUGGACUUGGAGCUGAUGAGGUCCGACACCCAGAAAGAAAUCAAGUUAUUGGAACAAGAGAAGCAAGAAAUCAAUGAUAUGAAAGAAAAGUUGGAAACCACAAGUAAAAUGCUACAAUACAAGAAGGAACAUGUAGAAAGCUUGUUUGAUGAAAUCAAUACAGAGAAAACCAACAUUAAAGAUCUGAAAUUUCAGCUUCAAGCAGAAAGAGUCAGACUAGAUGAAGUCAUGAACAUGCUGACCUUAAAACAAAAAGAACAAGACCUCAGGGAUGCUGAGUUCACAGAAGAAAAACAACAACUGGAAACCAUGAAGGUCAGUGUCCUUACAGGAAGAGAAGAGCUGAAAGCUCUGGAGAAAGAUCUUCAGGAGGAGAAAGAAGAGGUUGAAGGUGCAAUGAAAAAUAUCACCGUAGAAAAAGAACAACUCAGUCAAAUGAAGAUUGACUUUGAGAAAGAAAAAGAAAAAUUUGUGUCUGAAAAUGAACGAAUGGAAGAAGAAAGGUCUGAGCUGAGAAAGAGAGAAGAUGAACUUAUGAACGAAAUGAAGUCAGUGGAAGAUCUGAAAGGAAAUUUGAGACACCUUUAUGAAAGAAUGAGUAAAAACAUGAAACAGAAAGAGGACAGGCUGCAACAAAACAAUGAAGAUGUUCUUAAACUGCACGCUGUGUUGGAAAAAAUGGUUGAAGACACUGUGAACAGAAGGAAAAUAUGGCUUGUCUCUUUGAGAGAUUACAAAGAGAAAAGGAAAGCUGCGAAGUGUACUGUCAGAUAUGAUCACCCAGAAAGCAGAAAUGGAAAAUGAAUGGCAGCAAAAGGUUGAGUUAGAAAAACAAGAUAUGGAUAAACUGAAAGUUGAGCUGAAACAACACCAAGAUGAACUUGGCAGACAGACUGAAAUGAUGAAGAAAGAAAAACUGGACUUGGAGCUGAUGAGGUCCAACACCAGAAAGAAAUCAAGUUAUUGGAACAAGAGAAGCAAGAAAUCAAUGAUAUGAAAAAAAGUUGGAAACCACAAGUAAAAUGCUACAAUACAAGAAGGAACAUGUAGAAAGCUUGUUUGAUGAAAUCAAUACAGAGAAAACCAACAUUAAAGAUCUGAAAUUUCAGCUUCAAGCAGAAAGAGUCAGACUAGAUGAAGUCAUGAACAUGCUGACCUUAAAACAAAAAGAACAAGACCUCAGGGAUGCUGAGUUCACAGAAGAAAAA